CAUGAGCUGCUGUGGGAUUUUAGCGUCAAUUCCUCUUUGCAGCAGUUUCAUUCGCCAUCCGGAAUGAGCUAGGAAAUUUCCCCAUUCAUAAUGAUCGUUCGUCAAGAUGAGCAGGGCCCCUGUUUUCAUCAAAAAAAGUUCAUCGGGGAAUCGGACGAUUAACAAGCUAGGGUUGACUUUGUGUUUGGCCAAGAAGUACAGGUACGUAUACGAGAAGGUCUACGUACCUGUUUUUGUGUCGCACGACGCAAAAGGCAAAGGCACAAGCACAAACUUGUGUGUCCCAGAUGUUGUGAGAUACGAUUUUCAUCGGAUUUUCAUCAGGGCAGCACCCUUCAAGUGGGAUGGAGAAUAUGGCAGGCUCCUUUCAGGCGUCCAGGUCUCAGACAAGAUUCCCCUCUCCCGUCCUAGGCUACGGUACGUCCCGUGGUUCGUUGCCCAUCAUCACCUCGCGUCGUCUCAUACGUCCAUCCAAGUGGAAGACAUCGAGCCGGAACCAGUCCCUCAAUAUCGCCGGAACUCGAUGGACGAUGCUACCUACCUACGUCUCCAGGAUCUGCACACCCCACUGCCUAUCCAUCUCACCCACGGGCAUCAUGGUGCCCUUGCUGCCCUGCCGCUCCUUGUUACUGAGGAGAUGGCCUCCAGGAUGCCCAAUCCUCGCCCGUCUUGGCCAACAUCAAAGGUAACCUUGUCUAAAAGGUACCCGUACAAGCCAAGAGAGGCUCCUUCGUCGACCUCGUCAGUGCCUGUUCACAACAACCCAUUUGCUUGCUCACCACGUCCAAUACUACCGCCAAAACAGACGCUGCCUCGUCUUCCUCCGAAAAUAUUUAAGACUGCCUUCCGGCCGCUCUCAAGGUGCUUCUGGCUUCAAGUGAAAGCAUCAUCAUCCUCUUUAUACAUCCUCUCUUCUACUAUAUCAGCCUCUAUCCAACUCGACCUUGUCAAUCUCAUAUAUACACUCCUACUUCUCAAUAUACAUUUGAGCCCACACAACCACAAAAGUUGUCUUCACACACGUACAAGUCACCACCAACAACCAUCUUCCUCAUCCUCAACCAUCAAACCAAUAUUAAACAUGGCCGUCAAGGAGUAUCAGCCUCUUGUCAACCACUGCUGCUCUUUCUGCUGCAAGGCAGUUGACUUCGGUACACACGACUACUGCCCUGUGGGCGCCGAGUGUGCUAGCUGCCCAUACUAAGACUGGCAUCUCAUCCUGAAGCCUUGAAGUCCCAGGGCUGUCCCACCGGAUUGGGCUGGCUGCAUCAUGCCGCCCAGUCUAUGCAAGUCAUCUUAGUCUGCAGAUAAUUCCACACCGGUUCCAAGUUUCAACCUCCAACGAAAGUUCACCAUGGCCGAUCCAUGGCGCCCUUGCUUCGUUGAUCUCGCUUCCUUCCCGUCAGCUUUAACCAGUUCUCGGGUGGAAGC